UCAUAAUUGUCCAGUUUAGAGAGUUUUCUAUGUAACGACGCUCCAUUUAAGAACAGAACUAAGAUAAUUCCCUUGGGGACAUCUGUUACUGAUUCUGUGGCAGGAGCUUUGAGCGGCGACUUACUUGACCUCUUCAUUUUACUGUAUUGGAGUUUUUGAUCUGACUUCGUAGAAUGAGUGGGAGGGGCAAGCAUCAUCACCCCCACCAGCUGCAGCAGGAGGACAAGGAGAAGAGCAGCAUGGCCAGUCCUCGCAGCAAGCUGGAAGGAGUGCUCCAGAACCUUGUGGAGAAAGCCGACGAAGAGAGUUCUCCAGCAGAGAUUGAACUCAUCCCUGUCGUCAAAACUGAGGUUGAACCAGACAGUGAGCCCGCAGAGGCUCCCUCCCCAUCCAAACGACAAGUCAGCCGAUCUCGGAAGAGAAGAAAGCGGGAGUUGCCGCCAUCACAGGUGGACAGCGAUCUCCUCGAUGCGGCAAGACUGCAGCAUUCUUACGUCAUGAAGCUGUUUGACCGCAGCGUGGACCUGGCUCAGUUCAGGUCCACGUCCUCCUUGUACCCCGUCUGUCGAGAGUGGAUGCUAAACCGGCCGGCUGGCCAGAGGGCCAACAGAGAGCGCAGCCAGUCCCCAGAGCCUCUGGACGACUCAGAUGAUAAUUCAGGUGGCCACCCCAAUUAUUACCAUCUGCCAAGGCCCACUAAGCUUGCCUCGUACGUCAGGGAGGAAACUGGUCAGGACCCCCGGAUACCACUGCCGAUGCCAAAUGACGAGAAACUGGAGACGUAUUUGGACUCAACCCAAGACCCUUCUAGAGAGGAGUUGCUGAGGAAGAAUAUGAACAGGUGGAAGAAGAUCCGAAAUGCUUGGAAGUCCAGCGCACAGUACAACCAGGCUCGUUAUAAUGAGAGCUAUGAAAUUCUAAAGGCAAUGUACGAAAGACAAUAGUGCCUGAUUGCAGAGGCAACACCAUCACACUAACAAGGACCACGGAUGUGAGUUUACCAUGUUGUGCAUAAAAGACAGUAGUUCAUAUACCUCUUUGCAGAGGCUCUUUCAUUUGACCAGUGAGGACCAUUGACAUGAGUUUACCGAAAGGUAUUUGCGUACAUGAAAGGUCAAAGCACCUUCUGGAGUCUACGUCACCAGAACAGCAAAACCAUGGGCGUGAGUUUUCUUGAACCACAGAAAAGUGGCUAAGUGUGUCAAACAGCACAGGGACAAACUAAAACAUGAUAGCAUAUGAGACGUCCCAUCAUGUGACCCCUGGCUUGGCGAUGACCCAAGGUCAAAUGCCAAGUCCCUCUCAUGGUGGAGACUCUCCUCUGAGAUGUGGGACCAGUUACAGGUUUUGGAUUACCCGUUGGAUCAUUAACAAUGUUAGCAUCAAUCUGUCCGUUCACAAGUACAAUAGGAGUUCGGAGGUAUGAUCUCGCCAUCCUUUUUUUAUUCUUGUCAACAGAAUUCAAAAAAAGCACAUGGAGGGAAAGGAAAAUGCACACCAACAAAAUUGGACAAAAAUACCCGAUAAGGAUGCAAAGUGUUGGCCUCAUGUAACUGUCAUUUCUAGCUGAUGCCUGCUGCAUUAUUGGGUACCUGAACUGCUUUGUUCACAUUUUUGUGAGUUAGAUCAAAGAAAUUAAUUAAUCUCAUAUGUGAUCUUCCAUUCAAUCGGAUAUUCAGUUUUGUACAAUACCUGAAUAAAUCCCAGUGAUAGGAGUGAUGUGUCAUCGAUCAUGUACCAUUGGGUUAUUCGUUAUAUUCAGUGGUACGACUGUCAACUAUGCCUGUUAGACAGAUAGCUGGAGUAUUGUACACGCUCUUCUCAUAGGCAAAGGGGUGCUGUCCUACGACCCUGCACACAAAUACCAGUUGCUUCUCGUAUACUUGAAAACCACUUAUCUCGUUUUUACACAAAGCUGAGAAAGAAACAUGGGACUUGUACAUUGUAUGUAAAGAGGAUUUAUUCAGGCUUGUAUAAAACAAUGUUUCACAUUCAUGCAAUGGGAAGAAAAUGUUCAUUGGUAACAGAUGGAAUCUUCUAUGCCACUCAGCUCAGCCACAUUCAAUCUAUCACCUCGUGAAAUUCUUUUUUAAUCAUAAUGCUCAUUAUUACAUGUCAAUAUUCAUCAUAUGUGUAAUGUUAUAUGAAUUUACACAAAAGCCCAAAGAAAAUUAAAAUGUGCAUACUUAUGUGAUGUCUACCUCGUAGGCUAGGAGUCGAACUGAUGCUCUGUGUAAAGUAGAAGUUUAUACCAUAAUAAGAAAAACUGGAAGGAAAAGGAUAUUUUGAUGCCCUUAUUGUCGGCAUGUUCAUAAGCUGUCUGUAAGUUUACCUUACCUUGGAAUGAGCUUUUUUAAUGCAGAUAAGAAGUUAGUUUUCUUUUUUAUUUCAUUGAUUUUCACCUCUGAACACUUGGUUUCGAAAAUAAAUAUUUGAAUGUUUGACAAUUGAUCAGAUCCCCCCCCCGUUUCUUUUACCGUGGUCCCCUUUGAGAGAUGCUGAUUACUUGUUCCUGGGAAGCUACUACGCGUCAUUUUACUUCCUGGUUCAUGAAGUAAUUGCGGUGCUUCUGUCACAAGCGAACAGAGACUAAAGGGGCCCCCUGAGUCCCGAGUCAAGUUAAUAUUUAUCUCCCUCUCAGAAAAAGUUGUUUUUAAGCAGAGCCGUAAGGGUGUUUAAUAAUCAGUUCAGUAAUUUGGGCUAGAGUGGGAGUGUUUAAUUGCACAGGAUCUUGAGUUGGGAUGUUUCAAGGAGCGUCCUUGAAAUUCACGUGGCACCACAGUUCAUGAUACUUUGAAUUUUAUUCAUUAAAUAUUCAUUGUUCCCGUAGUUCAUUGUUCCUGUAGUUUUCCCAUAAUUUUUCUAUCAACUGCUUUUGUAGUCGUUUAAAUGUAAAACAUGCAAAUAAAGACAGAUAGCAAGAGAUCACGUCGAGCUUGCAUAAGCUUUACAAUUUAUUUCACAAUACUCUGUUAUUGGUACAUGCAGUUUGCAUUACAGAUUUCAUGGUCAUUGGACACUUCCCAAAUAAAGUUUCUGGAGUUUUCUUUA